AGAUAUCGGAUGACGACUAAGGUCACGUGUGAUUGUUUCUGCAGGAAAUCGACAGUGUCGGGCUUCAAAAUGGAAAUGAUAAGCCAGCGACAUUUUCACACAUUGAAGAAGUUUCUCACCUGAUUGACAUUAUGGCUACUUUUUGAACUACGAUAUCAAAUAACCAAAACAAACGUUAGCUAACUUGCUAGGGCAACGUGCUGUCAGCAACGUUAGCUAGCUAGCUAACACACAACUAACGGUACGUUAGCUAGCUAGCCAGCCAGCAAAUUUCUCUGCUAGAUAGCUAGCUAAACGGUUUGAACCACAGUUAUAUUUACAUGUUUUGACAUACACGGUCAAAAUGGAGCUGUUUCAAGCCAAAGACCAUUACAUUCUCCAGAGUGGGGAUCAUGCUCUUUGGUGUAGCCGAAUAGAUGGGACCAUGAAUGUCAGACCUGCAACAGACCUGCUGUUAGCUUGGAACCCAAUGUGUUUGGGCCUGGUUGAGGGUCUCAUCGGGAAAAUACAACUUCAUACAGAUCUUCCUCUGGGUCUCAUACUGAUCCGCCAAAAAAUGCUGGUUGGCCAGAUGCCAGGUGACCACAAAGUCUACAAGAUCACCAAGAUAGCUGUCAUUCCUCUGUCUGAGGAAGAGCCUCUGGAGCUGGAGCUGGAGCUUUGUAAGAAGCAUCACUUUGGGAUCGACAAACCAGAGAAGCUUGCACAGUCUCCAGAUGAGUCGAAGUUCCUGAUGAAAACUCUGAGUCAGAUCAAGUCCAAUGUUGGGGCUCCCACUAAGAAAAAGGUCAAGGAAAACAAAGAGAGGGAACGUCUGGAGAGGCGGCUGCUCGAUGAGCUGUUCAAGAUAUUCAUGGACUCCGAUUCCUUCUACUACAGCAUGACCUAUGACCUCACCAACACUGUGCAGCGGCAGGGAGACACAGAAAAGUCCAACCUGCCCCUAUGGAACCAGGUGGAUGACAGAUUCUUCUGGAACAAACACAUGGUCCAGGAGCUCAUUGAUCUGCAGGUUCCAGAAGUGGACUUCUGGGUGACACCCAUCAUCCAGGGCUUUGUGCAGGUGGAGGAGCUGGUGGUGAACUACAACGAGAGCCCAGACGAGGAGAAGAACAGCCCCGACACGCCGCUCCAGGAGCUCGCCUGCGUGGACGACAUCCACCCGCGCUUCACCGUGGCCCUCAUCUCCCGCCGCAGUCGCCACCGUGCAGGGAUGCGGUACAAACGCAGAGGGGUGGACACAGACGGCCACGUGGCUAACUUUGUGGAGACCGAGCAGCUGAUCCACGUGCACAACCACUCACUGUCCUUUGUGCAGAGCCGCGGCUCGGUGCCUGUCUUCUGGAGCCAAGCAGGCUACCGCUACAACCCCAGGCCUCGGCUGGAGAAAGGAGAGAAGGAGACCAUUCCUUACUUUGCGGCUCACUUUGACGAACAGCUCAACCUUUACAAGAAGCAGGUCAUCAUUAACUUAGUGGACCAAAGUGGGCGUGAGAAGAUUAUUGGCGAUGCAUAUCUCAAACAAGUCCUUCUAUACAACAAUCCUAACCUGACAUAUGUCUCUUUUGACUUCCAUGAGCACUGUCGAGGGAUGAAGUUUGAGAAUGUGCAAACGCUGACGGAUGCCAUCUCCGAUAUUAUUGCAGACAUGAGAUGGGGCUGGGUGGACCAGGCAGGAGUCAUCUGCCACCAGGAGGGCAUUUUCCGGGUCAACUGCAUGGACUGUCUAGACAGGACCAAUGUAGUCCAGGCUUCCAUUGCUCGUGCUGUAAUGGAGGCACAGCUGAAGAAACUGGGUGUGAUGCCCCCUGAGCAGCCUCUGCCCCUCAAGUGCUACAGGAUCUACCAGGUCAUGUGGGCCAACAACGGCGACACCAUCAGUAGACAGUAUGCCGGUACGGCUGCCCUCAAGGGAGACUUCACCAGAACGGGGGAGAGAAAACUGGCUGGGGUGAUGAAAGACGGCGUGAACUCAGCCAACCGUUACUAUCUGAACCGCUUUAGGGACGCAUACAGACAAGCAGUCAUUGACCUGAUGAUGGGGCAUCCUGUGACGGAGGACCUAUACUCCAUCUUCAGUAAGGAGAAGGAGCAUGAGGAGAAGGAGAAGGAGAGCCAGAGAGUAACCCAGGAGCAGGUCAGCCUCCUGCUGCAGACCUACAUGCAGCUGCUGCUACCCGAUGAUGAGAAGUUCCAUGCAGGCUGGGCCCUUAUCGACUGUGACAUGAGCCUUAUAGAUGCAACCAGCAAAGAUGUGGAUGUUCUCAUGCUGCUAUCCAACAGUGCAUAUUACGUUGCCUACUAUGAUGAGGAAGCUGACAAAGUCAAUCAGUACCAGCGCCUCAACUUAGAAGGUUUGGAAAAGAUUGAAAUAGGCCCAGAACCCACUCUGUUCGGGAAGCCCAAAUUCUGCUGUAUGCGUCUACACUACAAUAAUGGGGAGACAAGUGGUUAUUUUCACACAUUAAGGGCAGUCACAAGGAAUCCUGAGGAUGAUGGUAAAGACAUGUUACAGUGCAUAGCGGAGAUGCUUCGCAUAACUAAGCAAGCCAUGGGACUUGACCUGCAGGUGAUUGAAAAGAAACUGGAGAGGAGGCACAGUAAACCUCACGAGGACAUCAUGGGCAUCCAGGGCAGACAUCCAGACCAGGUCCUGGGCAGCUCUGGUCUGGCUCAGGGCAAGAGCUUCCUCCUCAACAAGUUCUCCUCCCUCAACCAGAGGGUGAAGAAGUCCAACGUCAACAUGGGCUCCUUCAAGGGGAGGCUGGGCAACACCUUCUCCACCAAGCCUGACAUGAAGGUGAACUUUCUGAAACCCACCAUGGGGGUCACCCUCUGGAAAUCUGAUAGCAGCUUGGAGACGUCGGACGGGGCCAACAUCGGCCCGGCCCUGAAGGACCUCUGUGACAACCACUCGGAGAUGUCAUCGGACUCGGACUCCUACAACUCGGACGAACACCUGCGCUCCAGCUCCCUGGAGAACGUGGACUAUGUGCUGCCCAGCUGCGGCAUCGUGGCGUCGGCUCCGCGACUAGGCAGUCGAGGCAGCAUGGAGCUCAACAUCCGGGUCACUGGCUGCGACAGUAACAGUAAGCAGGAGGUUCCUGAAGACCAGUCCCCCGGGGCUACCUCAGAGGCUGAGGAGGCCAUCCUGAUAGACUUUGGAACACCCAUUGACGCCUAUUGCCACCAAUUCAUCCAAGAUGCGCAGACCAAACCUGUGGCGGUGUUUGGGGAGCAGGUGGCUUGUUGCGUCCCCACACAGAACCCACAAGUCCCUCCACAUGCUAAAGGCCCGCUGGCCCCAGACGAACACCCAGGUUCAGAUCAGCAGGUGCAUGAGGAGCAGCUCCAGCUCCCUCCCAGGCCAUCCCAGCUAGACGUCGCCUCUGGCCCCAAUCUCCUGACCGUCCAGAAGCCUAACUCUGCAGCUUCCGGCAGCUCCCAGAGGAGCCUGGGCUCUCAUAUGGAGGGCAGCCUGGGCCCCUCACCCGCCGACAGCAACGGCAGUCGCGUGGUCUCCCCCUUUGCCAAGAUCAAGAGCUCCAUGGUGCAGGUGGCCAGCCUGACACAGGCUGGACUCACCCAAGGCCUCAACUUUGCUGUGGCGAAGGUGCAGAAGAGCCCAGAGCCAGAAAUGGCCGCUCUCAACGAGACCCAAGAGAACGAGCUGAAGGCGAUGUUUACACAGUGCCAGACCAGGAUCAUACAGAUCUAGCACUUCCCAGGUUGUAGCCUCUAAGCAGGUUUUUGUACAGUAUCUAUGUGACUUCCAGUACAGUAGCUAGCAGUAGCAUAAGCUGACUCAGCUAAGAACCGCACUCUUCAAUUCCCCCUGUAGUUGACAUGACCAUGUUUACAGCCAGUGUUGUGUAGUGUAUAUAAUACCCCAGCUCAAUAUGACAGCGUCCUUAAGCCUGUUGCAAUUCCUUUCAAUAGAUUUUCCAGCUAUAUUUGCAUGUCAGGCUAUUGGUAAUAGCUGAGUAAGAUAAGGCAGGCAAUAUCCAGUGCAUGUUGAGAGACAAGCUCUGAAUUUAUCACUUUUGUGAUCCCAUAUGUGCAGUGCACCAAUUGGCAUUUGUGAUAUAGGCCUAGUUUAUAGCUCUGAAAAUCAAGAGGGAAAUUUGGUCAAAAACGUAGACUUCUUUUGGAAACAAAGGGCAGCUCAAUGUUAGAUAGUGCCCUAAAAAGAAAAUAAACUCCUAGUAGAAUCAGUGUUGUUGAGUUUUUCCCUACCAAUAUAGGAAAUGUACCAAUGUAGGACUUAAUCAAGGUACAAGAACUAUGGUAAUAGUAUACUGUUUGAUAUGUAAGUAUUGUAUUGUAUGUACAGUGCCUAUCAUACAUAUUUACCCCCCUUGGAUUUCUUCACAUUUUGUUACUGAAGUGGGAUUAAAAUGGAUUUAAUUGUAAUUUUUGUCAACGCUCUACACAAAAUACUCUGUCAAAGUUUUUCUUAUAUAUAACACUAAUAUAUAUUGAUUCGAUAAGUACUCACCCCUGUGUCGAUACAUGUGAGAAAUACCUUUGGCAGCGACUACAGCCGAGUCUUCUUGGGUAAGUCUCUAAGAGCUUUGCACACCUGGAUUGUGCAAUA